AGGGUUUGGCAUGAGCAGAGUCGGUGAGACAUCAUGGAGGCAGGUGCACUUCUUCUCUUUAUGUUCACAUUGUUGGGGGCGAGUUCAUCUCUCAGUUUUUAUGGAGACAGCAUCAGUUUCAUGCCUCCACAGAGGAUAGCAGAUGAAACAUUUAAGGUGACCUUCCAUCGCAGGCAGAAUGGGCGAAGCAAUUGUUCGGCUCAGUCGUCCUUCUCAUGUGAGGGUGGUGUGUGUUCAAACCUUGAUUCAUCAGCUGUCCUGCAAACAGAUGAGGAUACCGGUCAGAGCCGCUGGUGUCAGUCUGAAGGACACACGACCACCACCGUCAUGACUAACAAAACAACGUUCAGUCUGCAGGACUCAGGCUGCUGUUGGGUCUCUAAUGUUGAAGGAAAAACCAACUGGACGACUCAAGCAGAGCUAGACCUGGGAACGCGAUCUGACUCCCACUCCAUCAACAGAUGCCCAGUAACCACAACAGUGUCUUCUUUACGAGUCCCUCAGAACUGUUUUACCAGAGUUCGUCUUCUGGCUCAUGAUCCAGAUGGAGAUGAAGUACGAUGCCGCUUCUCUGCAGACGCCAGCGUUCCUUUGAACUUCGCUCUGGACAAGAAAACCUGCACACUGAGCAGGUCGGGUCAAAUCCAAACCGGCAUCCAUGUAUUUGAGCUGAUGAUGGAGGACUUCUCCACUCGAAACAUCACUCUGACCUACACAGAUGGGACAUCAGUGUUUCGGGAUGCCUCAGACAGGAACUCACCUCCUCUCUGUAAAGUGAAGCUGCAGUUCUCCAUGGAGGUUCUUCCUUCGAUUCUAGACUGUGGGGCCGGUCAUGUGCAGCCCAUGUUCCUGGCCAGGACUCCGUCUCAUGGAGAUGUUCUUCAUGCCACCGUGGGCCAGAACUUCCAGCUCUUUGCACAAGCACAGGCUGGCCAGUCUCAGAUAUACGACUUCCAGGUCAGUGGCCCCCAGAACAUGACUAAAGAGUUCAAAAAAGAUGCUGCGGGGAACGCAGAAGUCACCCUGAACUGGACACCACAAAGGAGUGACUUGUAUAGAUUAGUCCCAGUCUGUUUCACUGCAGAGACAAAUGAAGCCCAAUCAGAGAUGAGGUGUGUUGUCAUCAUGGUGACCCGCUCAACUAUUACCCAAGGGAAGGCCAUCGUUCAUUGCUCGUCUAAUAAGAUGAUGGUGGCUCUGGAGAGAGCGUCGAUGCCUGACAUCGAUGAGAACUUCCUCCAGCUGAGGGACCCGUCCUGCUCGCUCACCUCCAACAGUACUCACAUAGUGGGCAGCAUGUCCUUCAACACCUGCGGCACCAAACUGGAGGAUAAAGGUGACUUCAUAGUUUUCAAGAAUGAGAUCAACUCCUUUGAGCUGCCAGAAGAGGUCAUCAUCCGGAGGAGGACGGUUAAGAUCGACUUCUUUUGCGAGUUUCCCAAAAUCAUCAGCAUCUCCAGUUACUACAACAUGCACAGCUCCGACUACAUCUUCACCGAAUCCAGCUUCGGCAGCUUCAGCUACACCUUUGAGAUAUUCAAUGAUGGCAACUUUACAAAAAAAGUGGAGGCCAGUGCGUACCCAGUGCAGGUCAAGCUGCUGGAGAUGAUCUAUAUGGGCAUUCAGGCAACUUCAGACCUCCCAAAUGUGACUUUGUUUGUGGAUUCAUGCAAAGCAACUCCAGAUGACAACCCUGAGAACGUUCUCUCUUAUGAUCUCAUCAAGAACGGGUGUAAGAAGGAUGAGACGCUUAAAGUCCACCCGUCUGGUCCCACUUCAUUCAACUUUGAAGUUCAAGCCUUUAAAUUUAGUGGAAACUAUGACCAGGUGUUCAUCACUUGCUCCGUCAUCAUGUGCGAACCUGAAAAUCCCUUUUCCAGAUGUGCUCAGGGGUGUGUGACGGAACCGUCCCGCAGGCGCAGACGAGGGCUGAGCAAGGAGACGAGCAGCCACUACAUCACCCAGGGCCCCCUGCAGUUUGUGGGGCCAUCUGCAGCCAUGGCAGCUGAGGAAGAGGGGGAUGUUGUGGAGAAGAAGAGUGGCAUGCCUGCUACAGUGAACUUUCCACCAGUUUUCCCAGACACCAAAUCAGCCAGAGACGGAGAACCUACUGGAUUCGGACAGGUCCUCACCUCACACAUCACCACAGUGGUCUUUGCCAGCGGCUUCGUUCUGUCGCUGCUGCUGAUGGCCGUGAUUGUUCGUCACUACAACCGGAAGAGAAGAGCAGAAGAUCGUACCGUCCUCAUCGAGUCCGACUGUGAGAACUAAGCAUAAAUCAUCUCCUUCUUCUGUCAUAAACGUGUGUGUUGGUUCCUGCUUUUCAUAUCAGAUAAAAACAUGUUUAUCUGAGUCUUGUAUGAAAAUUUGGAAUAUUUUUAAUUGAUUUGACCAAUUUGACCAAAUUUGACCAAGACUGAUUUAAUGACCAUUUUUAUCAUAACAGGAGGGAUGAUUACUGCAACUAAGAUAACAACUGUUAUAACUGUUAUUCCAUUUUAUUUUCAUGAAAAACAAAUAACUAAAAAUCCAAUAUGCAAAAUGUCAGCUUCCAACAACAAGAAAAAAGUACAAAAAUGUAGUUUAUGUUGCCUAAAAUAAGAAAAAUGAUCUGCCAACACAAGAAGAAACUUUGGUUUGUCAAGAUUUUCCAAAGCACGAAAAUAUCUAACGUCAAUGAACCCACAAAUAUCUCAAAAUAAGUGUUUCUCACUAAUAACAAGUUCAAUUUUAGUGAUAAGAAUACAAUAUAUGAGAAUUAUUUUCUUGUCUUGAUUGAAAUAAUAAAGAUUUACUUUGGAAAAGCAAUUUUAGACUUUUAGUGCUGGUUUGUAUCUAUCGAUAUUCUAGUUUCAAGCAUAGACUUAGUCAUUAUAGGUAAUAAAAUCUCAGGAGAAAAAGCUUUUCAGAAAAAUAAACAUAUCUGAUCUGAAUGAUUUAAUCUGACUUAGAGGUCAGUGUUUGCUGUAGCAUUGUUUUUUUAUUACCAAUGAAAUGAAACAGGGUUUACGUUUGAGUCAGAUUUCCUGAAGUGAUGAGCAGAACCUGCAGAAAGAAACUCGCUCGACCUGUUUCACUCUAAUUAUAGCAGAAAGAUGAGAAAAGUCCUUCCAGGCUGGUUUAGCAGGGUGUUUUUAAGCUGCUGUAAUUAAUUACUUUCUGACAUCUGAAGCUGUUUUUGGUCAAAAUACAACAAUAUAAUAUGUUACCUACCUUUUACCUGGUGUUGGUUUGUUCUUGUUAAGAACUCAUAUAAGCCAUUGUUUUCAAUAAAUAAAUGUACAUAAUGUUAUUAUAUUUUUUCAUGUAUUAACACAUCAUACAAAUAAAUGAAAAACAUAUUUUCAAUAUGA